AUGGAUGAAGAAUACGAUGCGAUUGUCUUGGGUACAGGUUUGAAAGAAUGCAUUAUAAGUGGAAUGCUUUCCGUGUCCGGAAAAAAAGUUCUUCACAUUGAUCGCAAUAAGUAUUACGGAGGAGAAUCUGCGUCGAUUACCCCAUUAGAAGAUUUAUUUGCUAAGUUCAAUGCCCCUGCACCGGAUGAAACUUAUGGACGCGGUCGUGACUGGAAUGUGGACCUAAUCCCAAAGUUUUUGAUGGCGAAUGGCUUGCUUGUCAAGCUUUUAAUCCACACGGGCGUCACCCGGUAUUUGGAAUUUAAGUCUAUCGAAGGAAGCUAUGUGUACAAGGGUGGAAAAAUUUCAAAGGUGCCCGUCGAUCAGAAGGAAGCUUUGGCCUCCGAUUUGAUGGGUAUGUUUGAGAAGAGGCGUUUCCGCAACUUUUUGAUCUAUGUUCAAGAUUAUCAGGAAGAUGAUCCUAAAACUUGGAAAGAUUUUGAUCCAUCUACAGCGAAUAUGCAGUCCCUGUAUGAAAAAUUUGGGCUGGACAGAAACACACAGGAUUUCACAGGGCAUGCACUAGCCUUGUAUCUUGAUGACAACUAUUUGCAACAACCAGCCAGUCAAACAAUACGACGUAUAAAACUUUAUUCUGAUUCCUUGGCGCGUUACGGAAAGUCGCCUUAUCUAUAUCCUAUGUAUGGUCUUGGUGAACUGCCUCAAGGGUUCGCGCGUUUAUCUGCUAUUUACGGAGGCACUUACAUGCUGGAUAAACCUAUUGAUGAGAUUGUUCUUGGUGAAGCAGGUAAAGUUGUUGGUGUGCGUUCUGGCAAUGAAAUAGCAAAAUGUAAACAAGUUUACUGUGACCCUAGCUAUGUUCCUGACCGCGUGCGUAAGAAGGGGCAAGUUAUAAGAUGUAUAUGCCUGUUGGAUCACCCAAUAAACAAUACUAAGGAUGCUCUUUCUACUCAGAUCAUCAUACCUCAAAAGCAAGUGGGAAGGAAUUCUGACAUUUACGUCUCUGUCGUGUCCUAUACCCACCAAGUGGCAGCCAAGGGUUGGUUUGUCGCUAUGGUGUCCACUACAGUUGAGACCAAUGAUCCCGAAUCUGAAAUAAAGCCAGGCAUCGAUCUGCUGGGCCCAAUCAGACAGAAAUUUAUUUCUGUGACAGACUACUAUGAACCUAUUGACGAUGGAAGCCAGAGCCAAAUCUUUAUUUCUGAGUCUUAUGAUGCUACUACUCACUUCGAAACUACUUGUCUAGAUGUGCUUAAAAUUUACAAGAGAGGUACAGGUGAAGAGUUUGAUUUCUCUAAAGUAAAGGUAGAGUUGGGUGAAGAAGAUCAAUAA